UUAGACAUUGCAGGAAAGUGCUCAUUUGUAAAUGUAACAGAAGAGCGCUAACGGUAGCAACAAUGACUAUGUUGUUUGAUUCGCUAUGACCAGUGGUGAGACUGCUACCGGUGAUAUUGUACAGUGUGAAGAUUUCGAUACUUCUUCUGGUGAACCACCGAGAAUUGACCUUGAAAGACGCGCAUUUAAUUCUGGUCUGCAGGCGAACAGAACCUUACCAUCAGAAAAGCUACUUAAAAAAAGUUCAGCUGACGUGAUCAAAACAUUCGCAACAAUCAAUAAAUCCGAUACUACUUGUUCCUUUCCAAUUGUUUAUGAAAGGGAAAGGCUAAGCAGUAAGGUUAUAGAAAAGAUGGAGCUGGGGGAAAUUGUUCAGACACAUGUAACAACACCCCUAGUACCUGCAUCAACUGCAAUUGCGGGUUCCAGUCUGCCAAUACCAGUCGCUAGUGAAUUGUCUAAUGUAAGCAGCACGGGUUCGGUAUCUGAUCGUGAGCCAGAAACUCAUGAUAAGGGUAAUUACACUAAGGUUGCGAAAUCUUUGGAGCAAAAGCCACUACGGAAGAGACGAAGAAAUGAUGGCUAUCCACCCAAAAGUGAUCGGAAGAUUACUGAGUGUUUCAAGAAUAUGGCAGUUGGUUCCAGCCCGAAGCGUCAGAUAAACUCUCACGCUAAUGGCGACAGUUCAAGCAGUGACUACUGUGCAAUUAUUACAUCUGUUUCUCCAUCGACCAACACUCGGCCGAAUAUUCAUCUGACCAUUUUUAAUUCGAGUGAUUCAAGCCAAAGCCAAAGUCCACCCCAAACAUUGAUGUGCAGACCUCGAAUGGAUUCUCAGGCGCAAACUGAUGAAUUAUCCUUAAUUGAUGCAGCAGAAAUGCGUUCUGAGCUUUCAAAGAAAGAUAGUAUAAUUGAGGAUAUGAGGAGGACGAUUGAAGAAUUGAAGCAGCAGAUCAUCAAAAGAGAUCGUUCCAUGGACGCAUGCAAAGAGACAAUAAGAAAACUGCUGAUUGAUCAAAGUACUAUGGAAAGAAAACAAGCAAAAGCAAAAUGCAUGGAGGAUUGCUUACGUAUUGGACAGUUCAAGCCAACACGUCACCGAGAAGAGUUUCGUGAAAUGUGGGCUGAUGGUUGGGCAUUUGAAGAAAUUAAUAAAGCACAGCAAAGGAUUGCAAAUGAAAGAAAUGAGAUAAUUAAUGCUUCGCAGAAUCUUCGAAAAAGGAAACCAACCGGAAAUGCUCGAGACUUGAAAAGAGCAAUGUCGACUGGUUCGGAUGGUAUGAUCCCAUCCACAUCAGCAGGACCAAGUUCUGUUUCACUUACCGACGAAUUGUUCGCAAAACCAGAAUUACCGAAAGAAUUGACUUUGCAGGAAUAUUUGGAGCAAGAAGAAAUUUAUCGCUUACGUAAGGAGCAUCUUAAAAAAGAGGAGGCAGAACUAAUCGCUGAACGUGAUCGUUUGGAGAGAGAACGUAAUUUGCAUAUUCGGGAAUUAAAACGGGUUCAGUAUGAAGAAUCAAGUCGGUACAAAGACCACGAAUUGCUCAAUAGGCGCUAUCUUCUACUUUCGCUUCUUGGAAAAGGUGGUUUCAGCGAGGUUUGGCGGGCUUUUGAUCUGGAUGAAAACAGGUAUGUGGCAUGCAAAAUACAUCAUGUAAAUAAAGAAUGGAAAGAGGAUAAAAAGGCAAAUUAUGUGAAACAUGCUAUGCGGGAAAAAGAUAUUCAUAAGACAUUGGAUCACCCACGUAUUGUACGUUUAUUCGACUUGUUUACAAUCGAUAAUCAUUCUUUCUGUACUGUGUUGGAGUACUGUGAUGGUAAUGAUCUCGAUUUCUAUCUGAAGCAAAAUAAGCAAAUCCCCGAAAAGGAAGCACGCUCUAUUAUUAUGCAGGUAGUGUCAGCACUUCGUUAUUUAUCAGAAAAGCGCCCACCGAUAAUUCAUUACGAUCUGAAGCCGGCAAAUAUCCUGCUGCAGUCAGGUACUACGAGUGGUGCAAUAAAAAUCACUGAUUUUGGUUUGAGUAAAAUAAUGGAAGAUGCUGAUGAUGGUGAUUCUAUUGAACUCACAUCCCAGGGAGCUGGAACAUACUGGUAUCUUCCUCCUGAAACUUUUGUUGUCGGUCACAAUCCUCCGAAGAUAAGCUCAAAGGUGGAUGUUUGGAGUGUUGGUGUCAUAUUUUAUCAAUGCCUGUAUGGUAGACGACCAUUUGGACACGAACAAACUCAGCAGAAAAUUCUGGAAGAAAACACUAUUCUAAAAGCUACCGAAGUCACUUUUCCUCCCAAACCAGUAGUUAGCUCGGCAGCGCAGGAUUUUAUCCGUCGCUGUCUACAGUAUCGAAAAGAAGAGCGGGCAGAUGUUUUCGAGCUUGCGAAACACGAGCUUUUCCGUCCUCGUGGCCAAAAAUCUUCACAACCACCUUCUUCGCCAUUGGCAAGAUGUCUAAAGAGUGAUGAGGCGGAUUACUAAACAAUACCGGUGAAGUUGUAAAGUUUGUUCGCGCUUCUAAAAGUUAAAAGUUUUGCUCCUCCAUAUCUUUUUGUAAUUUUUUAAUGCUGGUCAUUACUGAUGUUACAGUUGUCAUAUUGUCAUUGCUGAUUGCAUCCAGUUGAGGUUAGUCUAUCGUAAUUAUACAAAUUCUCGAUGUGCAACACGCUUUCUGCUGUUUUUCGCGUUCCUUUUGUAUUUUUUGUUGCUAGUUUACCAUUCCCACACUUUAAAAUUACUUGUUUAGUCUGUAUACAUGGCCUUAACUCUUCUGGCUCCUUUAUUUUUACUCGUUAUGUUCAUUAUGAUCUUUCCCACUCCCGUUAGCUGCUUGCAUCUGAACAGCAUUAUCUGUUCACAUUUUUGAGGAUGGUGAAUAGGUAUAUUGUCGAUCAUAUAGGUUUUUUUUCCGCUCCCCAUUUAAAUUUCUUGUCUAACAUGUCACAAAUCGUCUUUCGAUUACCCAUAACAUCUAUAAUAAAUGAAUGUAUAUAUUUGAUUUUGGGCUUUCAGGAGUUAGAGUCAUGUAUGCAAUACGAACUGUCAUCUUGUCGAGCAACUGAUCAGUUGAGGCUGCUGCUUAUUUUAUUAUCGUUAUCCCGCGUUUUAAGGACAUAUGUUUGCAAACUGAUCUUUUGUUGGUGUUUUUCCUUUUAAAAUGUUGUCGGAUUGAAAGGUUAAAGAAGUUGGAGUGGAAACAUUUGUUGCCUAUCCUACAAAUCCACGGAAUGUAAUAAUGUCAAACGG